UAGUCUAAGAUAAAAGGUAGCGGAGAGUUGGUGGGCGGGUCUCAACGUCCAGUCUGCUUUGGUAUCCGCGUAUGGGAGGAGUAAUGCAUAAAACACUUCCAACAUGGCGACCGCGGGCUCCGCCUCUAGAAUCCAAUUGGUGACGUCACGACGCAACCCGGAAGCUAAUGGUCACGUGUUCGUGGGUCAUAGCAACAAAACUGUCCUCAUGGAGAUACAUGUGCAGUUCAAGGUAUUUGCGUGAUUAAAAUAUUUAAUUAUUUUAAACCCCUGCAUCUACCCCGUUGGGUCGUUUAAAAACUUUUCGAAUUUAUUUUGUGGUGCGUUUUGAAAGCCGGUUAGCUGGUUAAAGCUAGCGCUAGCUCGCGUUGUCUGGUUCAGUUUGUAGAAAUGAAAGGUAAAUGGAAGCAGAACAGCAAGAAGAAGAAGGGCAAUGAAGUUUUACAGAAGUACAUGGUGGCAGUGGGCGAGUUCGUCAAAAGCAAAGGUGGCACAGAGGAAGCAGAGAGCGACCAUGGGUUGAAAUUUGUAAAAAAGAAAAGCAGAAAGGAAUUACGCAAGGAAAAGCGAAAAUUGAAAAAAGCCAAAAUGAAAAGUCAUUAUGAGGGCAAAAAGGCAGUCACUUUACCAAAUGCUGAUGCUAAAACCUCAGGACUAAAGGCUGGCAAACAGCCACAGACGCAGAAGACAAAAACUGACAAAACAAAAAAGGAGGUGUCAAAAACAAACUCAACCAAGUCUGCACAAGCCCCUGCUGAGAAAUCUGACAACUCUAAAAAAGCAUCAGCUAAAAAAGGCAAGAAAAUAAAUAAGCUUCAGGAGUCAAGAAAACUGGCACUUUUGGAAGCCAAUGAACAAGAGGACAAAGAAAUAAAGAAACUAGAGAAAUGUCUUGGAUUAAAUAAAAGGAAAAACAAACAAAGUCUCCCACAGUCCUUCGCGGUUGAUGGGCUUGAUUACAUCCUUGGCGUGCUUGACUCUGGCUCGACUGCUGGAGCGAUGUAUGACGACGAUGAUGACGACAUGGACAUGGCCAAAGACAACUUUAAAAAGCUGGACGAGAGCGAACUAUCAGAUGAGGACGGGGAGGAAGAAGAUGAGAUGGUGAGUGAAGGCAGUGAUAAUGACGAUGAGGUUAAUGAAGAGGAAAUGGAUGAGGAUGAGGAUGAUGAAGAAAUGGCUGAUGAAGAGGACGUGGAGGAGGAGGACGACGAUGACGAUGACAUGGACAAUGAAUACGAUGAACAGGUUGAGAGCGAUGCAGCUGACUCAGACGAUGAAGAAGAAGCAGAGGAGGAAGCAGAAAAUCCAGACACAAAGUUAGACAAGGUCAGCUCUACAAGCGGGAAGUAUGUGCCACCUCACCUGCGUAACAUUGGCGAUGAUAAACGCAAAGCUGAGCUGGAAAAACUGAAGAGGAAUGUGAAAGGCCUGAUGAACAGGCUGAGCGAGGCCAACAUGGCAUCCAUCAGUGGUCAGCUGGAGGAGCUGUACAUGAGCAGCAGCAGGAAGGACAUGAACGACACGCUGACUGAGUUGCUACUGGCGGCCUGUGUGACACCGACCCUGAUGCCAGACAGACUACUCAUGGAGCACGUCCUGCUAGUCAGCGUCCUCCAUCAUGCUGUGGGGCUGGAAGUGGGAGCCCAUUUCCUGGAAACAGUUGUGCGCAAGUUCGACGAGGUGUACAAGGAACAAAGGGAAAGCAAAGAGUGCGACAACCUGAUCGCCAUUGUCGCUCACCUCUACAACUUCCAAGUGGUGCAUUCUGUCCUCAUCUUCGACAUCCUGAAAUUGCUGGUCGGAACGUUUACGGAGAAGGACAUCGAGCUGGUUCUGUUUGUGCUGAGGAACGUCGGCUUCGCCCUGAGGAAGGACGACGCUCUGGCUCUUAAGGAGCUCAUCUCUGAUGCCCAGCGCAAGGCCAGCGACCUGGGCUCCAAGUUCCAGGAUCAGACCAGGGUAAGGUUCAUGCUGGAAACCAUGCUGGCUUUAAAAAAUAAUGACAUGAGGAAGAUCCCUGGCUAUGAUCCUGAGCCUGUGGAGAAACUGAGGAAGCUUCAGAGGAGUCUGAUCCACCAGACUGCAGGGGGCAGCGACAUGAAACUGAGGGUCUCUCUAGAGAAUCUCCUGGCUGCGGAUCAAGUGGGUCGCUGGUGGAUCGUCGGCUCUUCGUGGAGCGGAGCGCCCAUGAUCAGCAAGCAAGACGACGCGAACAAAAAGGAGAGUUCAGCUGAAGGACAGUUUAGUGGCAAAGUCUUGGAGCUGGCGAAGAAACAGAGGAUGAACACUGACGUCAGGAGAAACAUCUUCUGUGUGCUCAUGACCAGUGAAGAUUAUCUGGACGCGUUUGAGAAGCUGCUGAGGAUGGGUCUAAAGGACAAGCAGGAGAGGGAGAUUGUUCAUGUCCUGAUGGACUGCUGUCUGCAGGAGAAAACCUUCAACGCCUUUUACGCUGUGCUGGGAGAGAAGUUCUGCUCCCAUGACCGACGCUUCCAGAUGACUUUCCAGUUCAGUCUAUGGGACAAGUUCAAGGAGCUGUCCAACCUUCCCAGCGCCACGUUUAACAAUCUGGUCCUGCUGGUCACACGCUUCCUUCAGAAGAAGUGCCUCUCGCUCUCUAUACUUAAAGUGAUAGAGUUUGGGGAGCUGGAUAAACCCACGGUGCGAUUCUUGCGUCAGGUGCUAACCAGACUUUUAAAAGAAACUGAACCCGAGGAGCUAGCCAGCAUAUUUGCAAGGAUUUCAGGAGUUCCCAAGCUAGGAAUGCUGCGGGAAGGCUUGAAGCUUUUCAUCAGCCACUUCCUCCUGAAGAAUGUCCAGUCACAGGGACCAGCUGAGCAAGCAGCACUGCUGUCAGAGCGCGCCCAGGUCGCAACCAAAGCCAUGGAGGCCAAAGAGGCCAAGCUCAAACUGUAAAACACACUCACACUGCAACACCAGAAACCCAGUACUGUGAAGAAAAAAGAUGGGACAGAUGAAAGACUGCCUCCAAACACAGCGUGCUUAAAGAAGAAAUUACAUUUUUUUUUUUUUUUGAUAUUUAAUGAACAUUUGCGAUAUAGGAUGUGCUUGUACAUAAUUAUUAACAUUGAGAUUUUUAACUGUGGACAAUAUUAAUCCCUUCAAAAACACACCUGUCUCAGACUGGUGUGUUAUAUUUCAGUGCAGGUUUUCUUUAGUUUCAUAGUGAUUUCCUCGCAAUACCAUAAAUAUUGCACAUUUUCAUCUACUACACACAUUUUCUAUACUGGUAUUUGUAUGUUUGUUAAUAAAACAUUAACAAAUUUUGUACUAUACCAUGUUAAGAUUACAGAGUUAAAUUCAGACCAUUUUCUCUUAUUUCUUUCAGUAUGCCGUUACGUUUUUUUCUUUUUUUUUUCUGAGACCGCCCUCUUGGAGGCAGUGUUCAACAAGAGGUGAUCAGUUCAGACACCUGGAACCAUUCUUCUGGGCUUAACUGAACCUAUUUACACCUCAGGCAGAAUAAAGCGCGUUUCACCCGA